ACUGUGUAUUUUGUUACUGCGUGCGACAGUGUUAGCCCAAGUGAACUAAAGGAAGUGUCUCGAUGUUCGAAGUGAUAUGUCAUGAAGUUGACAAGGUUUGUGUCUCGCCGAGGAGUGUCUGCAGAUUGUGAAUCGACGUAGUCUGUGCGGAGAAAUGGGCUUUCGGUAGCUAUAAUGAGACGACGUUUGAAGCCGAAGUGAGGACUCGCUCGUGAGAGCGAUAUUUUGGCUGUCCGGCUGUUUCCAUUCCCGUCUUCGUGUCGACGACCGAGUGCAGACUCUGGUUCUGGAUGUGUGCUGGUCAACGUGGCUGAAUCGAAUGAAGAUGGAGCGCAGAAGUCGACGUGUGCCGUGCGAAACACUCAGGAUUAACCAUCACUGGACUGUUUGUUUACUUGUGACGUCCUGCUUCGGUAUCGCCGUGGCCGUAAGCCCCGGCCGGCCGCCACCCAGCCUGAUGCGGUGCGAGUACUACAACGAGACGCUGUGCCAGGGCUCGCCAGGUGCUGAUGGCCUGCCCCUUCCGGGCUGCAAUGGCUCUGAGGAGUGCCGGCCCGGGGAGAACGAGAAGGGCAACCUCUGCUACGUCCUCUGGCAGAACAACAGCGGCGUGCUGAGCGUCAAGCUUAAAGGUUGCUGGGUGGGAAACAACCACGACUGCAGUCAGAGCCAACAUUGUGCCGAGACACGGCGAGAGCCAAGUGUCCAGCUUCUUUUCUGCUGCUGCGAGGGCGACCUGUGCAACACUAACUUGAAGCCCUCUGCCGUGUACACUUCAAACUCGCUUUCGUCAACGAAACAGUCGCCACCUGUGCAACUGGCCCCUCGGGGCAGCUACCGGACCGAGACAGUGGUGGCCUACUGCCUGGUGCCCCUGGUGGCACUGGCGGCGGCACUGGCGGGGCUGUGCUGGCAGCAGCGGCGCAAGCAGCGGCAGGGCCACUUUGCUGAAGUGCCCACGGCAGAGCCCACCCCUCUGCCCUCGCCCGCCCUCGCACCCAAGGCCAUCCAGCUGAUGGAGGUCAAGGCACAGGGCCGCUUCGGAGCCGUCUGGAAGGCCCGCUGGGGACUGCAAUUCGUCGCAGUCAAGAUCUUUCCACCCCAGGACAAGAACUCAUGGAUGGUGGAGAAGGAGAUCUUCAAGAUGCCCCAGAUGAAGCACGAGAACCUGCUGGCCUUCCUCGGCUCCACGAAGCAUGGCGACCUGAAUCACACCGAGUACUGGCUGGUCACCGAGUACCACGAGAGAGGAUCGCUCUCCGACCACCUCAAAGCUCACCUGGUGAGCUGGGGCGAGGUGCUGAAGAUAAGCGAGGGCAUCGCCCUGGGACUGGCCCACAUGCACGGGGAGCGACCGGCCAACAAGCUAGAAGGCUACAAGCCCCCGCUGGCGCACCGCGACUUCAAGAGCAAGAACGUGCUGCUCAAGGCUGACAUGACGGCCUGCAUCGCUGACUUCGGCCUCGCCCUGGGCUUCCCCAGCGGGGUGUCGCCAAGGCAGGCACACGGACAGGCCGCAGCGGCUCUUCUCGCACAGGUGGGCACCCGCCGUUACAUGGCCCCCGAGGUACUGGAGGGUGCCAUCAGCUUCAACCAGGAUCAGUUCCUGCGCAUCGACAUGUACGCUUGUGGCCUGGUCUUGUGGGAGCUCAUCUCGCGCUGUUCGGCGCAGGACGGUCCAGUGGAGGAGUACAUGCUCCCCUUUGAGGAAGAAGUGGGCCAGCACCCGUCCCUAGAGGACAUGCAGGAAGCUGUGGUGCACAAGAAGGUGCGGCCACGCAUCCGUGACCACUGGAGGAAACACCAGGGCUUGGCGGUGAUCAUUGACACGAUAGAGGAGUGCUGGGACCACGACGCAGAGGCCCGGCUGUCGGCUUACUGCGUGGAAGAGAGGAUCUCUUGUCUCUACAAGACUGUUCCGCCCACUCCUACAGAUGUCCUGUCGCUGCUGCCAUCUGGGGACAACAAGGGCAUGGACGAUUUUUAUGUGCCAGUGAACAUCAAGAGCGCCCUCGAGACGGCCGGGCUUUUGUCACCGAAGGAGUCCAGCAUCUAAGGUGCCCUCAGCUGCCGACAAGCCUUCCUCUCUCCUACACUGGGAGAGGGAAGACAUUGUCGUCGUCUGCUUCCUCGGAGGCCGUGGCAGGCCGGCUUGGCUUGCCAACAGACAGUGCUCAGAUUUGACUGCAAUUGGCCACGCAAUCGAGAAACUAGUGUUUCCGCGGACAGCCACGACAUGACCGGCCCACACUUGCUGGUCUUCCGGAUGAACAAUGCCUUUCUGUGUGCAUGUGCAUGUGUGUGUGCUUGUCAGGGUGCUUGCAUGUGUGGGUGUGUAUUGGUGUGUGUGCGCAUAGUAG